UCAAGAUGCAGUAAAGGCAGAAGGUGACCACGCUACAUACAAAUGCUGGAUCCCAACCUCCCACAGGCAAUUCUGCAUGAGGACAUUUGACUUUCCAUGGAGAGAGGGUGAGAGAAGCAAGCGCCUGGUGACAGAAAAUGGUCACCUGAAGCCAAAUUCUGCUGCGUCUUCCCCAGACCGACCUUCAUCUCAAGCUGCUCCGUCUGCUCGUGUCCCGAGUUCGGCGGGGGAAGGACUGAGAUGUGACCAAGAGCAGAUAUAUGAUGAUGUGGAAGCACUUGGGCCAAUUGGCAAAGGGAAAGGAUGUCUGUUGUCACCUGCUUCUCGGCUCCCAGCAAGUCCCCGCUCUGGAACAGGUGCCAAGCUGACCCCUGACAGAUUUCCCCCGCCGACCGCUGAGGGCAGAAAAUCCCAGAUUUCAGAGCUAAGCGGGAAACAUGUGAAGAAUCUCAAACAGUGCAAGAAAGAAGAGCAGGCGGACAAGGAAUUUCGGAAGAAAUUCAAGUUCGAAGGGGAAAUCCGCGCUCUAACCCGAAUGAUGGUCGAUCCCAACGUGGCUGAGAAGAAAGGGGGAGGGAAGAAUCUGCCGCUCAGACGAGGAGAGAUUCUGGAUGUCAUUCAGUUAACGAGUCCCGAGAGAAUACUCUGCCGCAACAACCAGUGGAAGUAUGGAUACGUCCCCAGGGUGGUGCUGCUGCAGCUGGACACUGACAUUUACGAUGACGUUGCCUUUUGUGAUGAAAUUAAUUCUUCCACCAACACCAGCAAGUGAUCUCACCAACAGAGGAGGGGCUGUGAGGACAGAAACAUGAAAAACUUUAAAUGCAAGUUUCCUUCUUCGAAUUGGGAGUUGCCUUCUCCACAGUCAGUGCUCCAAAGGCAACGUGUCCCUUGUAACAUGGCAGGGUGGUUAAUUUUAAGAUGUUGGGCCUCUGGAAGGAUUUUGUCCUGCAUUCAGAAAUACUACUCAAAAGUAGGACAGGGACCACAAUAGUGCUCAGAGAAACAGGUUACAGGUGAGCUGCAAAUAAACAAUCUGCUGUGUUUCUUGUGUUUAGCUGUGUAAAGAAUGGUGAUGACCUGAGAGUUUGGUUUUUUUUUAAAUUUUGCUGGUUGUUUAGCUUAGAAAUCCAGGUCUUGUCUAUCUUAUUUUUCCUGACAAGAUUCUGAUAUCUCUGCUUCUGAGUAUGUGAAGCCUCAGCAACUGAGAAGGGACCGAGAGUUCAGUAACUCUGAGUUACACAGGUGUAAAUACAACACAACAGUUGGGAGGAAGGAUAUCUUUGUUAAUGAUUCAAAGCCCCACCCCUUGAACUGAGAUCUGAGAAGGCUCCUGCUCCAUUUCUGCUACCCGCUAAGGUGGCAUGUAGCAAAAUUACGGAUGACCAAACAGGAUAGUUGUGAUAGCCUGAGGGGAAAGAUAAGUGGAGUUUUCAAAAACCCUUUAGGCCUGUAUAGCUCAGAAUGGAAUAAAAAGGGACAAGCCCAAUUUCUUGUUCUUUGCAAGUGAGCUAGUGACAGUCCAAUCGAGUCAUCCCCUGGCAGCUGGCCACACAGAGAGAGAGGUUGGUCUUGUGAUUAAAGCACUGGCCUGGGAUUUGGGAGAUUUGGUUUCAGUUCUUGGCUCUGCCACAGACUUCCUGUACAAUCUUUGUACCGUGCUCUGCCUUAGUUUUCCAUUUGUGAAAUGGGGAUACUGGUUCCUCCCCUGUCUGUCUGGUUAGAUUGUGAACCCUUCGGGGCAGGGACUCUUCCUGUGUAUAUGAACAGCACCUAGCACCAUGGGGCUCACCGGAUCUCAGCUGGGACCUCUAGGCACCACUGCAAGACAAA